AUGCCUCAAGAUACCUUUCCACCUCUCAAAAAUCUCGUGGGUUCGCCUGUCGAAAAUUUACUUGUCGAAAGUGGAGCAACCAAGAGGAUUACAACAUCCAUAGAUACAUCCUUAUCAUCUAUACCUCACGAUCAAACCACUCCCGUAUCAGGAUACGAGUCAGAAUCCGACUCUUCCAUAGAACAUCAACGGUUUCGUCGCCAACCGCACCAACUUAAACGGAUUGCACAAUUAUUGGAUCAUCCAUCUAGUGAUUCUGACUCGACUCUAGUGUGUUCGAACAACACUGCUUUAAUUGGAAGUCCUUUGGCUUCUAAGGAUGAAGAAGCACCAAAUGAUGAGAAAGUUGUCGUUGUGGAAGACGAUAGAUAUGGUGAUCCGCCAGAUGGUGGACUUCGAGCAUGGCUUGUAGUUUUAGGAUCUUUCCUAGUACAUUUCUUGGUCCUUGGAAUAAUGUAUAGUUAUGGAGUCUAUCAACAGUUCUACCUAACCCAAGGAUUUGCCUCGAAUUCAGAACUUGCAUUGAUUGGAACUUUCACAUCCGCGACGAUGCCUUUGCUUGGUGUGGUGUCUGGACGGCUAGCGGAGCGUUUUGGCUUCAGGACGAUGAUAUUUAUUGGAGCAACACUUAUAUUGAUUGCACUCGUCAGUGCUAGCUUUACAACAACGACGUUAUGGAGUCUGGUAUUGACUCAGGGAUUCUUGGGUGGUGUUGGGGCUAGCUUUUGUUUUUUCAGUGCUGUGUCGGUACCAUCUCAGUGGUUCUCCACGAAGAGAGGACUUGCUACGGGGAUAGCAGUCAGCGGCGCGGGGGGGUUUGCUGUAUCGCUGAUUAUUCGAAAGCUUCUAACGGUCGUUUCCAUUCAGUGGACGCUGCGAAUUGUUGGACUAUACACUUUCGUCGGCCUCCUCUUUGCCGGAGCUCUGAUACGUAAUAGGAUACCAUCAAACCGAAAGUCAAAGCUAGAUUGGACUAUUUGGAGGGACUACAAGUUCCAGUUAUUAUUCUGGGUUGGCCUGGUCAAUAAUAUCGGCUACUUGAUCCCUUCCACAUUUAUAUCUGUUUAUGCCACUCAAUAUGUGGGCUUGUCUGCAGACAGCGGGGCACUACUGCUAUCAAUCUGGAAUGGAUCUUCAGCUGCUGGCCGUAUAUUUAUGGGCUUCUUCUCUGACAAGUACCUUGGACGUGUGAAUACGCUGCUUGUAUGCAUGACAUUGUCUGGCGCUUCCAUGUUUCUGAUAUGGAUGUUUGCAAACAACUACGCUAUUCUGAUUCUGUUUGUCGUCUUCAAUGGCAUGUUUGCUGGAGGUUAUAUCAGCAGUUUCCCUGUCGUGAAUGCCGAUCUAUUUGGUAGUUACAGGCUUCCCAGUGUUAGUGGAAUGCAAUCUCUCGGAGCCGCCAUAGGCAGCUUGAUGAGUGCACCCAUUGGAGGUGCUAUUAUUGAUCGUUACGGCUUCCACCCCGCCAUUGUCUUUGCAGGCGUUUCCACUCUAGUGGCAGCCUGUUUUGUAUUUGCAGUCAAGAUCUCGCACAACAAUAUGGAUUUCUGGUCCUUUACUACAGCCGCAGGCACUGUCCUGGCAGCAGGUGCAGGAGUCGCACUGACAUAUUACCAGCAAGCUAAAGCUGCCAAAGAGAAGAAAUUCCAAGAACAAAUGGGGCCUCGACGGCGGAUUGUUAUAGAUAGGACACCUGCUCGUCGCUAUGUACAUCCUCCUCCCUCCACUCCUCAACAUCAAACGAAUGGUGACGGUGUUGCUGCGCCAGCUACUGGCAAUGCGAAUCAUCCUACACAUCAAUUCAAUAUCAAUACGCCUCAACAUCAACCCUUUACACCUCAUCACGCUCCAGCCGAUGGACCUCUAUUACCAUAUGCACAACAACCAGCGUUGGUAUUCAAUUAUCCUAUGGUUACCCCCGCUCCUGUUAUGGAAAUCAUUCGAAACCCAAUCAGAGUUCACUAUAGAGACCCAGGAGAAGUUGAAGCUAGAAAUUAUGAAUUGAGUUUAGCCGCUGCAGCUGCAGCAGCUUCCUCCUCUUCAAAUCCAAAAAUCCCACCCAAUGCACCAGAACCGUCUACAAAUGGCCUCAAAUUGGGCAAAAGAGAUCGAAGUACGUCACCUCCUCGAGAGCCUCAUCAUAAAAGAGUAAAUCUAGGUAUAACAGAUCGAAUGAAUGGUGGUCCAGUCACAGUUAUAAAUGGACAAACCAAUAUGCCUAUAACAACUCCUCAGCAUGGACGAAUCGAUACUUUCGGACUUCCUGAUGAGCCAGCCUCUCAAGUCCCAACCAUAUCCACAAGUAGAGCUACUGCGUCCUCAACCUCAACGAGCACUACAGAAGAUGCCGCAACCAUGACACCUCAAACGUCUGGUUCUCGCUCGCGUAAACGAAGUGGAUAUGGAUUGGAUGAUGAAGACGAAGAAAAUGCUAGAUUGGAAGCUGCCGGAUACUAUACAGGAUCUACAGCCAAGAAACGUAAGAUGGGAGGUACACGUCGUGAUUCUGGUGCCCCAGACACACCAUUGAAUGUUGCACAGAGGAGGAUAGCUAAGCAGAAGAAGCCUGAAUCAGGACAGAGUUUGAGAAAGGGCGCGACUCGGCCUCCAUCUAGUCUCAGAAGGACAAUUGUACCAGAAGAAGACGAGGAUGAAGGAAAGGAAGAUCAGCCACCACUUUCAGAAAAACCGAGAGAAAAGGCCGUAGAACAGUCGGAGCCAGAAGCAGUGACAAAACCAGCUACUGCUCCAAAAUCUAUAUUGAAAAAAACAGGUCGCCUCAAGCUAUCGGCUGCCCGACGUCAAUUGCCAAUGCUUGACAGGAAUGGAUUGCCCGGGACGCCUCUUAAAAAGCCAAUGUCAGAUGCAGAGAUUGCAAAACGCGAGGCAGAAAUGUAUGGCCCACCUCCUCCAAUGCCCAAUCAAACUAGGCCAAUAGAAUCAAAACCAGAAACAAGACGAGUCGACUUUGACCCAAAGCCUACCGUCAAGAUAAUUUCAACGGAAAUACCAUCCCCUACUACUCAGCCACCUUCAAUGACCAUGUUUGCUGGUAUUAGUAACAAUGCUGAACAGAAAACUGAAGUACCAAAUACCUCUGUCCCAAUGCUUGCUACCACGCUACCAUGGGCAGCUCCAGUAGUCACUCCGCUACCUCUCCAUGCCCAAGCAGCCGUGCCAGCUAGCACAUCUCCCGUACCUUCAUUGGCAAAUUCAGCUGUGCCAUUAAUGUCGCCUAUAAAAAUUCUCGACUCUGGUUUGAAGAGCACGGCACCAACAGACUCUACAAUAGCAACUCCUACUCCAGGUAUAGUCCAACCUUCAGGAAUAAUAUCUCCCUCGGCUCUGAAUAAAACAGCAGUCAAACCACUUGCUCCAUUUGGUGAUAUAGCAGCUACUACAAUGCCUACUUUUGGAAAUGGAAAAGCUACUACGUCCGCUUCGCCAACUCUCCCCACCUUCACCUUCGGAGGCCAAGGUGGUAUGUCAGCAUCACCAGGACAGCAGGCUCCCACACCAGCCUUUUUGACUGGAAGUACUACUAUAGCUCCUGCUGCUCCGACAGUAAUAUUUGGUGCCAAACCAGUUGAAGCAGCCGCUACUACUAGUGCUAUGACCUCGGUAGCACCAGCGUCAUCAGUCCCAUCUUUCAGCUUUGGAGGCCUUCCCGCUUCAAUUGGAUUGACUCUUGGUGUACCUCCAAAGACUAGUGUUGCAAUGACCCCUGCUUCCUCUACUAUUGCACCUCCAAUUAUGCCAUUUACUUUGGCAUUUGGAAGUGCGGGUCAAGAGAAGCCAUCGUUCCCUACAGACCCAAGUACUCCAUUCGGUAUGUUGGGAGCUACGACAUCAGCUGCUGCAUCAACAAUAGCCACUCCAGCACAGACUCCCACUGCAAUAGUGUUUGGUGGAUUCGCUCCGGGAGGCGUAAAACCUAGUACUGAAGUAAAAGCUCCCACCACUCAGACUCAACCUCCACAGUUCACAUUUGGGCGUCCUCCAGCACCGAUAGUAACAUCAAGUGCACCAGCUUCUACUGCGGCCUCUCCAGCUGGAUUGGUAUUCAAUUUGCCAACUAGCACCACAGCUCCAUCUACAGCAGCUGCCGCGACAACAGCUCCAGGAAUGGCUGUUUAUGGAUUCGGUGGCCAACAAACUGGUGCUCCAAGUGGAUUUGCUCCACAAACUACAAACGCCUUUGGCCAACAAGGUCAAAAUGCAUUUGUUGGGCCGCCUGCAUUUGGUACACAACAGCAACAGCAGCAACAAGCUCAAUCUUCAGCCGAAGCAUCAAAACCAGCUGUAAUGUCCUUCGGUAAUAACAACAAUAGUAUUAAUGCAGGUGGUCAGUCAUUCCAAUUUGGAGCCGGCAAUGCUUUUGCAGCUCAACAACCUGCUGCUGGAACACCAUCUCAACCACAACCAAAUGCGUCUAUAACAUUUGGUAGUCCAGCCAUUCCACCAUCUACUCUAGCAGGAGGAUUUGGUAGUCCAUCGAUACAACCAACCCAAGGCUUUGGCAGUCCAUCAGUACAAGCACAUCAACCAUUUGGUAGUCCAUCCGUAACACCAGGCAAUGUAGCCCCUGUAUUUGGAGGAGGUCAAGCAGCAACAACAGCUCCAAAGACGUUUCGUACCCAGCAACAACAGCAGCCAGCGUUUGGUACCCAGCAACAACAGCAACCAGCGUUUGGUAUCCAACCACAACAGCAACAGCCAAACUUUGGCGGCUUUGGACAAAAUAUAGGUCAACAGCAACAACAACCAAACGGUGGACAAACUGUAGUAAACUUUGGUGGUUCUCCUGCUGGGUUUGGUGGACAAUCUCAACAACAGCAACAACAAACUCCAGGUGGAUUUGCAGCUUUUGGUAACAAUGGCCAACAACAAGGGGCAGGAAAUGGUGGCUUCGCUGGAUUUGGUAAUCAACAAGGUCAACAGCCACAACAGCAACAACAGCAACAACAACCUAUGGCAGUUGCCAAUGGAUUCCCUGGUAGUAAUAAUAAUAAUACUAAUGCAUUCAACUUUGGUCAACCAGCACCAGCUCAACCAGGUCAGCCAGCCAAUGGGUUUACUUUUGGCUUCACUGCAGGAGGAGGUAUGGGUAUGCCACAACAACAACAGCAACAGCAAAUGCCUCAGCAACAACAAGGAGGGCCGCAAUUCCAAUUCAAUGCUCCUACUGGUGAUGCCAUGUUUCAAGUUGGUGCAGGUGAUAGGAAGAUUGCCGGUAUUGGAAGGAAGUUUGGAAAGAAAGGAGGAGGACGACGAUAA